CACCAAUAGAACUAACUUUGACUAUGUUUUUCCCUAAGAUCAUACAUGUUGUUUAUUCUUUAAAAUGUAAUACUGUAAAAAAAAUUGUUUGUUUUAAAGUGAUUUCUAUAAGAUGGAGUUGUUUAUCUAAAUGAGGAGCUCAAAUCUUCCUUUGAGAAUUCUCUUGUGGUGUCAGCUUGAUGGGUUCCAAAGAAAAUGAAGAGAUCAAUUAGGUAUGCGUGGUUUAAAUUUGCAUUGAUUACUUCCCUUUUGAUGUACGCAGCCUUAGUAUACUAUCACGUGGAGACAUUAAUGAAAGAACGUGAAGUGUUCACUCGUUGCUAUACCCUUGACCAUAACCAGAUGAAUCUUGAAAGCCCAAAUGUGAAGAACAACCGAGGGAGUAGAUCAAAGCAGAGUGUACCAGAAGCAGACAUGUUCAUACAAGAAUACACAGAAAGAGCAGACAUCAUCAACUCCAUCUAUCAACUGAAUAAGCGUGAACAUUAUCACGUGUUUCUGUCCAGGCUUAAAGAGAGAAGAAAAGAGGGAAAACGAAUGGCCGAGUAUUUAAACAUAGAAGGAAAUGAGACUUGGCUGUUGUUUCAACGAGACAUUAAUCAGUUCUAUUUAUACAACCCAGCUGACCACCAGUUACUUAAUGAGCUUCUUAAAGAUUUAAACUCGAGACCUGUGGUGAAAGCAGAGAUCAAUCGCCAAAGUAGUCAGUUGGUUCUUAUUCUGACUUUAGACGAUGGUGGCAAAGGAGUAUUUAAACCUAUGAGGAUGGCCAGAGAUGCUGAGACUUCCGAUGAUUUGUAUUACUUUAGUGAAAUGGAAAGACACAUCUCAGAGAUUGCUGCCUUUCACUUAGAUAAGGUGCUUGGGUUUUAUCGAGCACCUCCUACUAUUGGACGAAUCUUGAAUAUAACAAGAGAUAUCCAACAAGUUGGAGAAGAGACACUGACCAAUACCGUAUAUAGGUCACCAGUUGGCAAUGUUUGUUUUUAUGGAAAAUGUAAGAAUUUUUGUGAUCCGGCCUUCGCUGUGUGUGGACAACCAGAUGGGAUACAAGGAUCCAUAUCAGCAUUUUUGCCAUCUAGAAGCUUCCACUCAGCCAGUGCUAAUCUACACCAUCCUUGGUCAAGAAGCUAUAAUAUGAAACUCAAACAAGGUUGGGAAACUAAUGAAGAGUACUGUGAGACCAGUGUUAAAGGACAGUCUGAGUUUAAAGGUCGCCGACUUCUCGAUUUUAUGGACACCUCAGUUUUCGACUUUCUGAUAGGUAACAUGGACCGUCAUAACGUGGAAUUCUUCUCACAGUUUGGUGCUGACACAUUUCUACUUCAUUACGACCAUGGACGCGGGUUUGGUAAAUCUAAAUACGACUGCAUGUCUUGUCUAGCUCCCGUGCGUCAAUGUUGUUUGAUUCGUCUGUCCACUCUGGCUAAACUGAUCAAACUUUACAAUGGACCGGACAGUCUAAGUCACGUGCUUCAAGAGUCGCUAAAGGCUGACCCAUUGGCUCCCAUACUCUGGGAACGUCACCUGGACGCACUAGAUCGUCGUGUUGGUCUAAUUAUCAAAGUGAUCAGUGAAUGUAUCACCAGGAAAAGAAAACUUUGGCAAGAGGUUAUCGUUGAUGAUGGAGUUAUUUAAAUAUUGACACAAAUGUUUUAAAGAAAACUUUGACAGAAAUAGUAAGCAGAGGCUUGAGCUGGGAAAACAGGAACAACUUGUACGCAGAGACUUAAGAUGGGAAAACAGGAACAGAACUUGUACGCAAUGGCUUGAGAUCGGCAUCAAUCAAAAACAAUUUUUCCUCACAAAAAUAAAAGGAGUAAACUCCAAAAAAUAAAUUGGCUGUUUCUAUGGAAACACGUGGAUGAAACUAAGAGUGCCUUUCAAAAUGCUAAGGUAGUAUUUGAUUUCAAUACAGAGGAAUAAUGUAUUAUUGCCUACUGAUUAAAAAAAACAGUGUAUUAUUA